GAUAGUACUGGAAUGAAGUUGUGGAAGAAACGGUGGUUUGUGCUCUCAGAUCUGUGUCUCUUCUAUUACAGAGAUGAGAAAGAAGAAGGAAUACUAGGUAGCAUACUUCUACCUAGUUUUCAGAUAUCUGUGCUUUCUCCUGAGGACCAUAUUAACCGCAAAUAUGCCUUUAAGGCAGCUCAUCCAAACAUGAGGACCUAUUAUUUCUGCACAGAUACAGGGAAGGAAAUGGAGUUGUGGAUGAAAGCCAUGACAGAUGCAGCACUUGUGCAGACAGAGCCUGUAAAAAGAGUAGAGAAGUUAACCACUGAAAAUACAUCACCUCGAGAGGCAAAUAAUAUUUCAAACCAUCGGGUGCUAAUUAAGCCAGAGGCACAAAAUAACCAGAGAAAUAAAGAAGUGAACAAAAAUGAAGAGAAGAAAGCUUUGGAAGCCGAAAAAUAUGGAUUCCAGAAAGUUGGGCAAGAUAAACCAUUAACGAAAAUUAACAGUGUAAAGUUAAAUCCUUUGGGGUCUGAAUACAGGACUUUACCCAUAACCACAAUUCAGGCUGGACACUUCAGACCAGUUCAUUUAAAUGGGUCAGAGAAUAAAGCUGUUGGUGUUGUCCUGGCAGACGCUGGAGAUGGAGGUCAGCACAAUGCGGUGCAGUCACAUAUGGAGUCUGAACGAGUUAUGCAGAGAACUAAUUCAAUGCUGCAGUUGGAACAAUGGAUUAAAAUACAAAGAGGAAAAGGACAAGAAGAGGAAACAAGAGGCAUAAUCUCCUAUCAGACAUUACCAAGAAACAUGCCAAGCCAUCGACCUCAAGGUCUACCUCGGUACCCGGAAGGCUACAGAACACUGCCAAGAAACAGCAAAGCACGGCCAGAGAGCCUCUGCAGCGUAACGCCAUCAGCUUACGAUAGAGCCAUAGGACCAGUAACAGCCGAAGAAAAACGGAGGUCGAUGCGGGAUGACACAAUGUGGCAGCUCUAUGAAUGGCAGCAACGUCAGUUUUACAAUAAGCAAACGACUCUUACUAGACACAGUACUUUAAGUAGCCCGAAAACUAUGAUUAACAUUUCUGAUCAGACGAUGCAUUCAAUUCCCACCUCACCUUCUCAUGGUUCAAUUGCUGGUUUCCAAGGAUAUUCCCCACAGCGGACUUACAGAUCGGAAGUGUCUUCACCAGUGCAAAGGGGAGAUGUAACUAUUGAUCGCAGACACAGGACACAUCAUACCAAGCAUGUCUUUGUGCCCGACAGAAGGUCAAUGCCAGCAGGUCUGAGUUUACAGCCUGUUACUCCUCAGAGCCUCCAAGGCAAAACACCAGAGGAGCUCACGCUGCUGCUAAUAAAGCUGAGACGGCAGCAAGCUGAACUGAGUAGUAUCCGGGAACACACACUAGCACAGCUCAUGCAACUAAAACUUGAGGCCAGCAGCCCAAAGAAUGAGAUUCUUUCACAUCAUCUUCAAAGGAAUGCCAUAUAUUUGGAUCAUCAGAUGAAAGAGAAUGAACCUUUAAUCACCAUGGUUCACACUAUGAUUGAGAACUCGGCGCUAAGACCACAACUGUACCAGCAAAAUGCACGUAAGAAAAUGCGCAUAGUGAUGCAUAACUGUUUAACACAAGAAGAAUGUAGGGGUACACUAUACAAAUAUAGAACUGAAGAGCUGGAUAUUGAUGCUAAGCUUAGCCGUUUAUGUGAACAAGAUAAAGUUGUACAAGCACUGGAAGAGAAGCUUCAACAGCUACACAAGGAGAAAUACACGCUUGAGCAAGCUUUGCUCUCAGCAAGUCAGGAGAUAGAAAUGAAUGCAGAUAAUCCCGCAGCCAUACAAAAUGUAGUCUUACAGAGAGACGACUUGCAGAACGGACUACUUAGCACUUGUCGAGAAGUAUCGCGAGCUACUGCAGAAUUGGAAAGAUCUUGGAGAGAAUAUGAUAAAUUGGAGUAUGACGUAACUGUAACAAGGAACCAUAUGCAGGAGCAACUCGAUCGGCUUGGAGAAAUUCAGACUGAGUCAGCAGGGAUACAGCGUGCUCAGAUUCAGAAGGAACUGUGGAGAAUUCAAGAUGUCAUGGAGGGUUUAAGUAAACAUAAACAGCAAAGAAGUUCUUCAGAGGCAGGCCUCAUGGGAUCAAGGACAUUUUCAGCUAUUAAAUAUAAAAAUGAGGAAGAGGAAGUAGUCCCACCUCGUCCUCCACUCCCUCGGUCCUAUGACUUUACAGAGCAUCCUCCCAUAAUCCCCCCUCUGCCCAGUGAUAGCAGCUCCUUGCUCUGUUAUAGCAGGGGCCCAGUACAUCUGCCAGAAGAAAAGAAGAUUCACCAAGUUCAAGGAUAUCAGAGAAAUGGAUCUUACUGUGGUCCUGAUUAUAGGCUUUAUAAGAGUGAACCCGAGUUAACUACAGUAGCAGAAGUGGAUGAGUCUAAUGGCGAGGAAAAAACAGAACAAAUUUCAGAAUCAGAAUCUACAACUAAAGGCUCACAUUUUCCUGUGGGAGUUGUACCACCCAGAACCAAAUCACCAACACCAGAGUCUUCAACAAUAGCAUCCUAUGUCACUUUGAGGAAGAAUAAGAAGAUAGAUCUAAGAACG